AUGAGCAACAUACAGGAGUCAUCCGGGCCUUCGCUGGUGACCACGUCGUUACUGGUCGUCGCUAUAGUAUUUCCAAUCCUAGGCAGCAUAGCUGUGGCUCUGCGGCUGUAUUCCAGCCUCUCAAAACACAGACGGCUGUUCGCCGACGACUACGUCGCCCUACUGGCUGUGAUAGCAGCAUGGGGCAUUUCGAUCGACAUGUAUGUCGCCGCGGCACUGGCAGGCGUUAAUACGGCCACUACUGACCCUCUCUCUGCGACGGUCGUCUUUUUACGGGCCCUCUGGAUCGAGGGGUUUCCACUCAUCAGCAGCUUAGUCUUGGUGAAGACGUCCCUGCUGAUGUUCUACGCACGAAUCUUCGUCACGCCGUCUUUCCGCCUGGCCGUGUGGAUCUACAUCUCCAUCUUGGUUGCAUGGGGCAUUGCAAUAUUUGUGGCCCAACUCCUAACCGCCGACCCGAUCACCGCGGCCUGGAAUCCCAUGGCAAAAGACCCCCUGCGGUACGACUACAACACGUACUCCAUCGCAUUCGCGGCAAUGAGCAUGGUGUUCGACAUUAUCGUGCUCUGCUUCCCCAUCCCGGUGAUCUACAAGCUGCAGAUGUCAGGGGUGCAGAAGCUCCAAGUGCUUGGUAUAUUCUGGCUUGGGAUCUUCUGCUGCGUCUCCUCCGCCAUCCGCUUCUACUACAUCUACAGCGACAUCCGCAAGUCCGUCGCCAACACCGGCCCGGACCGCUACACGGCCAGCACAACAGCCACGACGUGGGCAAUCAUCGAGCCGAACAUGAGCAUCGUCGCCGCCUGCCUGCCGACAUACGCCAACCUCUUCGGCCUAGGGCAAGGUCUCCGAUCCGUGAUUCGCAGCGUGCGUAGUUUCCUGUCCACGCGCGGCGCAGGCGGCGGAAGUAGCGGCGGAAACACGUCGCUGGGAUCGAUAGCGAAGGGAAACUCGGUGAUCGUGCAGAGCUCGGCGACAGGCGAGCCGCAUUCGCCGAAGAGGCCGAGUAGUCGACAGUUUAAGUUGCUGGGGGUGGGCAAGGGAGACGGGGACGUUGAGUUGGGGGAGCGCGUCAGUUCGGAUCAUAUUCCUUUGACGGCGAAUGCGCAGCAGAUGAAUAUUUCGGUCACGAAGACUUUUGAGAGUAGGGGGUCUCCGGCUAGGGGGGAGGGAGAGCGUAGAUGGUGAUUUGCUAGAGGAUUGGUUCAUUGUGGUAAUUCAUAAUCCGUGUUGGGUGGGCUUGGGUAAUUGUUUAUGUAUAUUGUGU